GUUGUUACACUCAAAUCUGUCCCCGAUAUGGGAGGAAUAGUUGACAGCGCACGUCGGAGCCUUUACGCAACACAGCUACAAUGUAAUGGACUUUUAAUUUCAAAACUCAUUUAAAAGAGUUGACAAGCCGGUGCAGCAACAACAUAUUACAUUAAACUAACCGCUGACCAUUGAUGGUGUCCUUUGAUAAACAUUGUUCCUGUCAAGCUUAACGUUACGGACAUCAACAAUCUUGCGCGAUCCUAGUAGCUGUAAAGCUAGCUAUCUAACGUUAGUCAGUUAACGUUAGCUUCUUAGCUAACAACACUCCCCGGCUAUUUUUAGUGCAAUUAAGCAGCUAUUUCCAGACCAAGGCGUCACCCUCUUACGACCUGUAAAGUCAUUAUUGUCUCCCAUGAUCUCGUUAAGUUAGCUAAUCAUUUGUACAAAAUGUCAACGACAUCGUUGGAUAAGGAAUUGCAAGAGCGCUUGAGAGAGGCGUCUGCGAUUGGAGACAUCGACGAGGUGCGGAUUUUAGUGGAAAGCGGAGUAAAUGUCAACUCUCAAAACGAAAUAAACGGAUGGACAUGUUUGCAUUGGGCAUGCAAGAGAAACCACAAACCGGUUGUGUCGUACCUGCUGAACUCUGGCGCUGACCAAGAGAUCCUCACUGCUAAAGAUGAGCUGGCUGUCCAGCUGACCUCUAAGCCUGAAAUCAGAAGACUGUUAGGAGUUGAGGAGGAGGAAGUGCCUGAAAUCAAGGAGCCUGAGUUGCCAAUCAUUCCAAACUACCUGUCCAACCCGCCAUUCAUGUACAGUAAGAUGGACAACAAGGCUGAGCUCAUAUUGGCACAGUUGACCCAAAAUGGCAAUGGAGACCACUCAUCAGAUGACCCACACAGUGACUCAGCUUCCCUGUCGCCCACCCACGAGCAACAGCUGCCUCAGCAACCGCAGAGCCUACUCUCUGACACCCCGAGCCCGAGGGAGGGGGCCUUCAUCCCAUUGGCGCAGCAGAACGGAGUGUCGCCUAGCCCCGCCUCGUCUCUCACCAUCAACGGAGGCCUGCCUAUGGACAUCUCCAUGGAGCCCCACCUGGUCAACCAUGGGGAGUACCCACACUCGGUGGCCCAUAAUGGGGCUGUGUGCUCUCCUCCCCUGCCCUCCCCCAGCCCCAGCACCACCAGCAGUAGCAGCCAAGCCCAGGUGGCUAACGCUAACCCAUCUAUGACCCGGCAGCAGUCCCUCCCUCAGCAGCUCAACUGUGGCCAGGGUGCUGGGGGUAACAUGCCUGCCUUCCAGCCUUUCUUCUUUACCAGUACAUUCCCUGUCAAUGUGCAAGAGCUGGUCCUAAAGGUGCGCAUCCAGAACCCCAACGCGCGGGAGAACGACUUCAUCGAGGUGGAGCUGGACAGACAGGAGCUGACCUACCGCUCGCUGCUCCGGGUGUGCUGUCGCGAGCUGGACAUCAGCACCGAACACGUGGAGAAGAUCCGCAAGCUGCCCAACACCAUGCUACGAAAGGACAAAGACGUGGCUCGGCUGCAGGACUUCCAGGAGUUAGAGGUGGUGCUGGAGAAGGCUGAGGGCCUGGCACUCCUCUCUGGGGCGGGAGGCCUCACCGACAGACCCUGCUACAACAUGAAGGCCUCCAGACUCACCUACUAGAGACCAACAGGAUUGACAGACACACAGACAGACCCUGCUACAACAUGAAGGCCUCCAGACUCGCCUACUAGAGACCAACAGGACGGACAGACACACAGACAGUCCCUGCUACAACAUGAAGGCCUCCAGACUCACCUACUAGAGACCAACAGGAUGGACAGACACGCAGACAGACCCUGCUACAACAUGAAUGCCUCCAGACUCACCUACUAGAGACCAACAGGACGGACAGACACACAGACAGACCCUGCUACAACAUGAAUGCCUCCAGACUCACCUACUAGAGACCAACAGGACGGACAGACAGACCCUGCUACAAAAUGAAGGCCUCCAGACUCACCUACUAGAGACCAACAGGACGGACAGACAGACCCUGAUGUCCAUGUGGACCCUACUAUCUCUCUAUUGACCGUAAUAGCCACUAUCGUUAUUAGUCAAUUUCAUUGCAUUAUGAUCCGGUGUCGUUCAGCCAGCGUUAUUGGGGGUUUGUUUAAAAAUCCUGUUGUGUUAGCUAGGUAACGUGGUCGCCCUGCCUGUCCUUGCCUUGCUCCCUGCCAGUCUGUCCCCAUGCAGCGCUCCCCAUGCAGCGCUCGCUAACCGAUUGCUCAUGCAUCAUGUCCUCAGUUAUAUACUGAAGAAUUUGGGCCUCCUUCCCUCUCUGUCCCCUCUUCUCUUCCCUCUGUCCCUCACUCUCUCCUCCCUCUCUAGUUUGUGUUGUCGGGCUACAGUGGAACAUUGGCGUUGAGGGACAGUGACAGUCUUCCUAGAUGGCUUAACUUAUGUACUGUACAUGGAUCCCUUUGUACUGGGCAUUAGUCAUACAUGUACUGGGGACUUGUCUCCUGGAUGAUGAGGGGGUUGAGAAGAGUAGAGGCCAUUUAAACAGCUCUUCUGAUGUACAGCCAUGGCUCUUAUUAGUCCACCAUGGGCGGCUUAGUACAAUGUUGCGACACAGCUGACUUGCACACAGCAACAUGCAGUACUGCCGCUUGCUUAGUGGGCAACGCAGGUGGCUGCCGACGUUCCAACUGGCAUUCACACCCAUGCUGCAGACUGUACACACACACACACACACACUCAGUCAUACUCCCACACUUCAGUGAUAUUUCCAGUUUUUCCUUCAGUGGUUGCCCAUGUUAUCACACUACCCUGUUUAUUUGUUCUUAGGUGGAUGCCUGAUGGAGCUAUUAACAGAGAUGUUGCUUUGUGCUGCUGAGGUUUGAUCAUCUAAGAGGGAGUGGGUGUGAGUGUUGUCUCUUGCCAAUUGAGAAGUUUUUGAUAGUUUCGUAGAACUGUUUAUGUGCUUAGGAAGCAAACAGAUGCUUCAAGUUUCAUCCAUAUUGUUAAGACAGUGUGUCUGUUUCUUAAAGAACUCUCUUCGUCAGUUGGAAGAUAACAGCCUUCUAACAGAUGCUAUGGUUAGCUAGCUCCACAGACACCGUCUGGAUUUCAAUCAAACACCCAAUGUGGAACAAUUCUUCAUUGCUCCUGCUCUAUGAAUUUAGUUUUAUUCUACAAUGUUUACUUGCUGAAACAAAACUCAUUUAGAUGAACAUGUAUUGGGUGCAGGGGCAAUAUUUAAAUGUUCUACAGUUUGGUUGAAUGUUUGUGUGUGAGGGGUUCUUUUCAAUGUAACAGUUAUUGGGUCUAAUAUUCAACUGACACUUUCAGCUGUGAAUGAAUUGAAUGGUAGACCGUUCCUAUAGAGUUCAGGUAUUAUUGAUUGAAGCAGAAUCCGCUAGGUUCACUUUAGGGGAGGUAUAUUCCCAGCUCCAGUAGGGGUUCCCCUAAAAUGAGCAUUUUAAACUGUUUCUGGAUCGCUUCGCUUAAGAUACUUCCAUUUACUGUGAUUAGAUCAAAACCAAAUACAAACCUAGCCAGAAAAAUAGUCGGGUUCUCCACAAUAGAUUAUCAAUCGUAAAUGACCUAUUUUUGAAUGUUUUUAGUUUUUUCGGAGUGAACUGAUAUGACGUGGGCAAAGGACAGUUUGAAAGGAUUGUUUCUGUUUCAUAAGUUUGACACGGCUGUUAUGUUUGAGUGCUUCCAUAACACGUUUCCCAGCAAUUCUCCCUGUUGCUUCUAUCAUACAGUGCAUUUGUCAUAAUACUCAAGUUCACACUGCUCUGUGAGAACGUUUUAAACACAACCUACAUUAACAUGUAAGCUAGCUAGAGAUCAAAUGUUAGCUCUUGAGGGGUCCCCGAGUUUAACCUACUGACAUUUGACUUUUGUCAAGUUGUGGUGUUUGCUACUUCUUUGUUUGAGUAUAAAUGACGAUUCAUACACAAGAACACAACCGUUAGUAUUGAAGCUGAAUGAGAGUGCAUUGAUUGAAAAGAUUACUGCUUAAAAUGCUUUAUGACAAACACAUUUGCUCAUAGAGGAAGACUAAGACCCUAACAUGUCCUGGCAGUCCUUUAUGCUGGUUAACAUUCAGUUCAAUGGUACAGUCAGUGGCCCACUAAGUUUAUAAACAAUCAACAGUCAGUUACUAACAUAGCCGUUAAUUGUUUACCGUUCAAAUGUAUACCUUAAGCUCUGGCUGUCUUAGUAUGUUUAAUGAUUAUAUAUUUUUAUGAAUUAGUCAUUUCCUUUUUUAACGAGAACUGUCUUUAGUUUGUAUCGAUGCCUACAAGUGUGGAACGUGUUUAUCAAUGGGGGUGAAGGGGAAGGUAGGUUGCAGCUAGGAUGAAACCAAGUGUAAAGCCACAGUAUCUACUGUGCUGAAUGGGUUGAGUGUAAAUGUUGAAGAAAUACAAGACUAACUUGAACAUGUCAAAUGGACUCUCCAGAGAAUUUUGUAUUCUUAACUUGUGCCACGAGAACGAGAGGUACCUGGUUGAAGAAGCUGAAUGAUGAUGUUUGAAAUGCCUACGGCCAUUUUGUGCCCAGUGAAGGAGCACCAGUGUUCUAGAAUGUUCCAGAAUGAAUACUAGUUCUGUGAAAUGGAUGACUAACAUUGUACUGAUUGAUUGCUCAUGCUCUAGAGGAAGAAUACAGUAACUUUACCUAUGCAUUCAGAGUCUGAUAUUUUUAUAUGUCCUGUGUACCUUUGAUAAAUUCCUUAUAGGCACUGUUUAACUUGUGUUUGAUUGUGAAGACCUGUACCUGUUCUUUGAUAAAGCAUGGUGGGUAACUUGA